AUGGCUACUCAGGCACCGCAAUCUGCGCCAGUUGGCCCAGACACUCUCAUCACUGUCAAAGUCAUCAUAGAUGGCACCAACAGAAGAUUCAAACUUGCAUUGAGAGACCUUGGAGCGCAUGUCCUGCCUCAGAAGCUUCGCUUCCUCCUGGCCAUCCCUCCCGAUACUGAUGUGGUCUUCGAACGUUUCUCGGAUUCGGCUGGAUCCUACGUGGCACUUGACAGCAACAAUCCCGCCAUCUACAAGCAGUUGUACCGAGCUGCCAAAGCCAAGUUGAAGCUCCGUAUCAAGACUACAAUUGUCCAGCGUCCGACCCUGACCGAACCGGUGCCAAACCUUAUGGAUGAGCAGCAGCCACACUCUAACUCUCUUCGUCUGCACACUCCAAAGACCUUGCCUGCCUCGCGCCACAGCUACCUCGAAACUGUCUUGUCUACUCCUCGAGACGAAGAGAGCCAGUCUCGCCACUAUGAGACCUCCACCGUCCCGGCUAUACCUUCGUCUAUCCCGGCCGCUACCACGGCCACGAUGUCGCUUGGCAAUACUACGAAUGACACAUUGGUCACACCAGCGGAGCUCGAUCAGGCAAAAGCUGCAAAGAACGAAACAUCAUCAAAGAUGACACUUCUCAGACAUAGUGAUCUCGGGUGUGGCCCAGACCUGUUGAGUUCCGCUUUUUGCAUUGACUGCAACAAUUGUAAAAAGUCCAUUCCAGAUGAGCAUUACCAUUGCGGCAUCUGUGAUGACGGUGACUUCGACCUCUGUUCGUCGUGCGUAGCAGCCGAUGUAACCUGUGACGGAGAGGGACAUUGGCUCAUCAAAAGACGCAUUCAAGGUGGGAUUCUAGUCAGCAGCGUUACAGAGACUAUCGCACCCAAGAAGUGGCAGGAACCAAAGGUGCUGGAAAAUGAGAAAGAAGAUACACACGCCACCCAGUAUGCGGCCCGUACUUGCAAUUCAUGCAUCGAUGGAGUGCCGGGCGAAGAGCUUGUCACUUGCACAAAUUGCGCUGAUUACGACUUGUGCAUGAUGUGCUUCUCCCUCGGGGAGCACGGACACCAUCCAGCCCAUCGCUUCGAGCCAGUGUCUGCUGAUGCCUCCAAAAUCAGUUCACGUAUCCUCUCACUCUGUGAGGCAGGUCGUGGUCUUGUCCAUGCAGCGAUCUGCGAUGGUUGUGACAAGCAUAUUAUCGGCGUUCGUCACAAGUGCUUAAGUUGCCCUGACUGGGAUUACUGCUCAACCUGUGUUCUCAGCGCUCCACAGAUCCACCCCGGUCAUCGUUUUGCUGCUCUUUAUGAACCGAUUGCAGAAGUUGGCACCCACGACGAAGUUCAUUUUGGCAUCUAUUGCGAUGGACCCCUCUGCGCCAGCAAACCUCGCAAGCAGUAUAUUCGUGGCACACGUUACAAGUGUGCAGUCUGUCAUGAUACGGAUUUCUGUGCCAAUUGUGAAGCUAUUCCGUCCCUUCGUCACAACCGUACUCAUCCUUUGAUCAAAUUCAAGACACCAGUCAGGCAUGUCUCGGUCACUACGCUCGGCGAGAAGAACAAUGGUCAAAGCAUGGGGCAGAUGGGAGACCGACCAAGCGCCAGAAAUGCAGCGACAGAAACUACACCUGUAGCCAACUCCGUCAGCACCGCUACCCAGGUUCAAACGGUGGCUGAAGUCAAACCUGUCGAGAUGGUGGUGCCCCAGAAGUCCACGGAGGGUGACGUAUCGAAGAAAACCGUGUCCGAACUGCAAGCUUGGUUUGAAUGCGACUCGACACCUGAUGGCUCAAAGUUGACGCCCAACCGGCUGUUCACACAAUCCUGGACGAUUCGUAACCCUGGUCCAGAUGCAUGGCCUGCAGGAUGCGCUGUCUACUUUACUGGAGGAGAUCACAUGUUGAAUGUCGACACCAAAAAUCCAUCCAGUGUGACUGCUAUGGCUAUUGCCACCAAAAGCAACUUUAUGGAAAACACUGUUGAGCCGGGGCAGACCGCUGUCUUCACCGUCUUACUCAAGUCACCUGAACGACAGGGGCGCGCCAUCUCUUACUGGCGCCUGAAGACUCUGGAUGGGACUCCUUUUGGUCACAAACUCUGGGUUGACAUCACUGUCGCCACUGUACCGCUUGAUCUUCUUACUCCUAAGAAGGCUGAGGCAGUGGAGACUGCCCAGGAAGCUCAGAAGAACGUGGAAGUCAAGGGUGAGGAACUCAAGAAAACAGAGACUUCAACCAUGAUCUUCCCCAAGCUUGAUAAGGAGUCACCUGUUUCGAGCGUGCAUGGUCUUCCCACUGCUGUUGCAGCGGUCGAGGUAAAGGCGGAAGAUGAGGAGCUGGCCGAGGACCUCGAAAGUCUGCACUUUGAAGAUGAAGACGAGACCGACGAUGGUUUCAUGACCGAUGAAGAGUACGACAUCCUAGAUGCUAGCGAUGAAGACUUGUUGAUGGAAGCUCAAAGUGCAGCACAGAAAUGA